UAAAUGAAUUGAAAUGCUACUCAGUCCAAGAAAUUAUUCAGUCAUAUGAUGGGUUUUCAACACACACAAAAUGAACAGAGGCAAGUUAUCUAUAAUGGACUCUGAAGCCAAUAGCGUGACUGUUUCCUUGUAUAUCCAUUUUGUUUCAGCGCUAAAUGUACACGACCUGUGUCCCACAUGACUACUUUUUGGUCCCAACUGUCUUUUUUUUGUAUUGGCUUCCAAUUGAUCGAUUUUUGGUUUUUUUUGCGCAUUUGACACAUUCAAACACGAAUUUUCUCACCUUUAGUCUUUAGCAUGCAGCAUGCACCAACGCCAAUAAAACACAACCACAUAAUUGCAUAACCCAGAACGCUAUAAAAAUGUCAACACAGCAAACACAGCAAAGUCAGCAAUUCCCGAAUGGAGGCGGAAAAGUAAUCGUCUUUCGCAUGGAGCAACCGCAAAGAAAGCGGCAGCAGCAGAGCAAGAGGAAAGCACCCAAAGAAACAACUAGCAGCACUCCAGCAAAGAGAAAGCCGAACCCGACUCAAACUCAGAGAGCCGAGCGAUCAGCCAUGACUCCGACGGCUUCCAUUUCGCAAGAGUCGCUCCCUCACCGCCCUAUAUCGUCCAUGACCGAGCAGGAGCUAGCUCAGGCGCGAAAGGACUCUGCGAACGAGGUCCUGAGAUCGAUUUUGGAGAUGAAUCCAGUGUCAUCCACCAUACGGUUAUAUAGGACCCACCUCAGGGUGUGGAAGGUGCGCGCGUUUACCUGUGUCUGUAUUUUUUUUCUCUUCAUGUCUGAGGUCUGUACUGGGUAUGGCGGGCACACAUGCAAGCAAUCUCAUAUCUCAUAUGGGCGCGCAUGGUGGUCCUCCCAUUAGACAUUUUGCGACGAAAGGUACAACGGGGACUGCA